UUCUUUCCCUUCUCUUGUCAUCCCUGUAUAGAUGUAUAAACACACCAAAGCUCCAUUUCCUUCUCCUGCAAGCUUCGAUUAGAAAACCCCAUUUCAGCUUAGAUUAGGCUCCCAAAACUAAAUGUUGAACACGAUGUGGAUAAUGGGUUUGAGCAUCCAGGGCAUAUUGGAUUUGGUAGUGGCUGGUAUUUCUCUCAUGAUCGGUCUCAGCGUCUUUGCCUUCAUUGCUUCUGUUCUUUGUUCUGCUGCCUUCUUGUACAGCGCCAAGGCUGCUUCUUGAUCCAUAUUCCCAUCAAGGCUGACAUGGUUUGGCAAUAAGCUCAAACUGGCUUUGAAGAUGGGCUCUGUUCGUGUUGUAUCAAUGUAUCCAUAAAUUCCAUAACAUUUACCGCUAGUUUACAGGGUAAUUUUCCUAUAAUUCAAUAAAAACUUACCCUUUCUUCUA